AUGGAGGUGGUGGCGCUGGUGAGCGGUGGGAAGGACAGCUGCAUGUCUAUGCUUGAAUGGGGCAAUGACACCAUGGGCACAGAUGAGCUGGACAGCUUCAUGUUCCAGACGGUAGGACACACCGUGCUGCAGUCCUACGCGCAGUGCAUGGGCCUGCCCCUUUUCCGCCACACCAUACGAGGCAAGGCACUCAAUCAGGACCUGCAUUACGCCAAGACACAAGAGGAUGAGGUCGAGAGCCUCUACGUCUUGCUCAAGGAAGUCAAGAAGAGGUUUCCGAACGUGCAGGGUGUGGCCUCCGGCGCCAUCCUCUCCGACUACCAGCGCUUCCGCGUCGAGAACGUGUGCGAACGACUGGGCCUGGUGUCGCUGGCCUACCUGUGGCAGCGGGACCAAAAGGAACUCCUCCAGGAGAUGACCGAGGUGCCGAUCGAUGCCGUGCUCAUCAAGGUGGCCGCUUUGGGUCUGGAUCCCUACAAGCAUUUGGGCAAAUCGAUCACCGCCCUGCGGCCACUCCUUUUUCGAUUGAGUGAUGAGUAUGGCUGCCACCCUUGCGGCGAGGGAGGCGAGUACGAGACGCUGACCCUCGAUUGCCCACUCUUCCGCUACAAGAUCGUACUAGAUGAAACGGAGGUGGUCAUACAUUCCGACGACCAGUUUGCUCAGGUGGGUUACUUUCAAAUCGCCAAGCACCACCUCGAACCCAAGGCCGAUUACGACGCCAGCUUGGUUUCUGGCGGUGAGGGUAUUGUGUACGAUGUGUGGAAGGAGUUGCCCGACGAGCUUCCCCAAUGCACUGAAGCCGAGGUCGCUGUCGACGCCGCUUCUACCACUCAUGGCGAACUCCAGGCGGCAGAGCCCCUGGACAUCUCCCUCUCGCACGGCGCUCAAGCGAAAUGCCGAGGCGGUGAGCACCGUCGAGUCGCAGCUGGACCAACUCUUUGCCGCCAUAAAGGGUAG